AUGGCACAAGUCGGUGCGAACAUGGAAUACCAAGAAUAUAAAUGGGCUUAUUCAAUUAUGGAUUCAUCUAAGGUGUCAGCUUGUUUGAUCUCAAUGUUGCUGAUAGUGUACGGCAGUUUCCGGUCUCUUAAUAUGGAGAGGGAAGCACGCGAACGCGCCGAGAGGGAGACAUCGUCUACAUCCUCGGCUAAUAAUAAUGUCCAGACCCUGAGUACUAUGCAGGCUCUGUGUUUCCCGCUCGGUUCGUCUGUGGCUUUGCUGAUAAUGUUCUUCUUCUUCGAUUCAAUGCAAACCCUCGUCGCUAUAUGCACAGCCAUAAUAGCAUGCGCGGCGCUAGCGUUCCUAUUGACGCCGCUCUGUCAAUACGUGGCUGGCGGCGUGGUGGGUGCGGGGGCUGCUCGCUGCGGAAGGUACUCCGCCCCCGAGCUGGCCGCAGCCCUACUGGCAGCCGCUAUAGUGGCGGUGUGGGUACUAACAGGACACUGGCUGCUCAUGGAUGCUAUGGGUAUGGGUCUGUGUGUGACAUUCAUCGCUCUCAUUCGUCUGCCGUCUCUCAAGGUGUCAACAUUACUCCUCACCGGUCUCCUCUUGUAUGAUGUGUUCUGGGUGUUUUUCUCCUCAUACAUAUUCACUACAAACGUCAUGGUGAAGGUUGCCACUAGACCAGCUGAGAAUCCUAUGAACGUGGUUGCCAGGCGUCUUCAGCUCGGCGGCGCUAUGAGAGAUGCUCCCAAACUGUCUCUACCCGCCAAGCUGGUAUUCCCUUCGAUGCAUCACCAGGGACACUUCUCUAUGCUCGGUCUCGGUGAUAUCGUGAUGCCGGGCUUGCUGCUGUGCUUCGUGUUACGUUACGACGCGUACAAGAAGGCGACGCUCGUGUGUCAGAUGGGACAAGUCCCCGGACCUAGGUCGAUGGGUUCUCGUCUCACGUACUUCCAUUGCUCGUUGCUGGGUUAUUUCCUCGGUCUAUUGACUGCUACCGUCUCCGCUGAGGUUUUCAAGGCAGCACAGCCAGCGCUGCUAUACCUCGUGCCCUUCACGCUACUGCCUCUUUUAACAAUGGCAUAUGUUAAGGGAGAUUUAAGGAGGAUGUGGAGCGAGCCCUUCAUACCACCGUCCGGGAAGAGCGCUGCCGACUUCGACGUUUGA